AAUGGGCGCCCCGCCGGUGUGAACCUUUGAAAAUUCUGGCUUCAAGCACUGGCAAUUGCCUUAUCACUUAGUCUUUGGCUUUCUCGCGCUCUCACUCCGAUUUCCUUGUCGUUCAGCUGCUUUAUUUGUUAUUUUGCGACAAUGGAGAACCCGAUCGAGUCACAUAAUCGCGAACUCGACAGUAAGUAUGUAUCCCACGAUCGGAAUGUACCGCUAAUUCAAUGCAGAAGUUGAUACCGAUCCAAAUGGUUACCAUUCCUCUGAGACGACCGAGGGGGGUUCUAACAAAGGGGAUGACACCCGGGGAGAAAAAAGGAAUGGAGAAUCUAGGAGAGACAUGCCCCGAAACAAGAGCCACCUUACCCAAGGUACUGGGGCCUCCCGAAGUAAAAGCUACAGGAGUCAACCCCCAGCAUCCUUGCGAAACCAAAGCCACGGAAGCCAGCCUCCAUUUUCUCUCGCUGGGAAUAACCCAUACUACGCCCCGACACCGCAGCAUGGAGCCUAUAUCUCCCCCGAUUAUGAGUCGCUAAACCCCCAAUAUGGACAAGAGCAAGAUGAGGGGCCUGUCUGGAGCUUGGCCCAACCCCUUCCCCAUGUUGUCCGAGACGGCAUGCGGUUUGGGGCACUACCGGAGGAUAGGAAAGAAGAACAAGCAGAGCAAGGACGGGAAAGACCACCUCCUGCAUCGGGAGAGCCACCGACAGACAUGCCACAACCCGCAGAAACAAGGGGUUUCUUCAAUCAGUGGUGCAAAGUCCGGCACUAUCUCCGGGAGCCACUGGCAGAGUGGCUGGGGACAACCGUUGCCAUAACCCUCGGUCUUUGCGCUACUUUGUCUCUCUACACCUCCCAAGGCCAGGCUGGCUCAUGGAUGUCCGUGAGCGCGGCCUGGGGCUUCAGUUUCAUGACAGCAAUCUACGUGGCUGGUGGAAUUUCCGGUGCCCAUCUAAAUCCCGCCAUUACGAUCUCCCUUUCUGUCUGGCGUGGUUUCCCCGCUCGACGAUGUGCCGUCUAUAUCCUCGCCCAGAUCAUCGGCGGCAUCACCGCCGGCGGGUUCGCCUAUGCUAUCUACCACGAUGCCAUCAUGAACUUGUCCACGGAGACCAACUUGCCGCAAAAUGAAUCCGCAGCCAGUGAAGCACUGAUCACGCUACCGAAACAGUUUGUCAGUCCAGCUACGGCGUUCUUCAACGAGUUUCUCGGCAGUGCAAUUCUAGUCGGGGCCAUCAUGGCUCUGGGAGAUGACUCGAACGCACCUCCAGGAGCAGGCAUGCAAUCCUUCAUCAUUGGAAUAAUCAUCAGCAUCUUGAUUCUUGCACUAGGAUACAACAGCGGAGGGGCCUUCAACGGUCCCCGCGACUUCGGCCCCCGACUCGUCUGCGUGAUGGCCGGCUGGGGCGGCCACCUAUUCAAAGAGUACCAUGCAUGGUGGGUCUGGGGACCCUGGGUCGCUGAUAUCUCCGGCGGCUUAUGCGGUGCCUUCAUCUACGAUCUAACCAUAUUCACGGGUGGCGAGAGCCCGAUCAACUACCCACCGCGACGGCGGAAGCGUGCCUUUCUCAUCAAGGAGAAGAACCUCCGGAGCAAGUUUCGCCUUGGCCGACGGAAGAUCGGCGAUCUCGAACGCGCGGUGGAUGAGAACCAGGAGUAG